UGCAGGUACACACAGCCUCAGGUAUUUUAAUCAGCAUCAGUGCUGCUCGAGGGAGAGAACUGACCUGUGUGUGCGUGUGUGCACACCUGGACACUUUAAGAUACUGAAGUGUUUUAGGGGAUAUGCUGUGAUAUUUCAGCAUUUUCUCAAGGGGUGCCCUUUGCUCAUCUCGUUACCUUUAAAAGUAACCGACAAAAUUCCAGUUGCGAUUUUUCGCCCCGCGUACGUGAACGCGGCAUCAGCGUCUCACCUGCCUUUACCUCCGCAACACGAUGUCCUCUGAAGAAAAGUACACGCUGUACCACGGAUUAAUGCUUCCCACGCUGACCCACUCAGCGGAGAGCUUGAAGUUUGCGCAGGAGUUCGCGUUUGAAGACGAGGACGUCGUGGCCGUAGUGUACCCAAAGUCAGGUACUAUCUGGAUGCAGGAGAUCCUCCCACUGGUUCUGAAUGGGGGGGAUGCCACGCCGGUCAAAACCAUUCCAAACUGGGACAGGGUCCCUUGGCUGGAGGAAACAAGAUUAGCCGUGGUUGUGGAUGAGAUGAAGUCUCCGCGGGGGCUGGUCACGCAUUUCCCUUAUUUCCUCAUGCCCCGUUCCUUCCACGCCUCCAAAGCCAAGGUGAUCUAUGUCAUGAGGAACCCUAAGGACGUCAUCGUGUCUUCAUACUACUUCCAUAAGAUGGCCGAAUUCCUCGACAAGCCGGGGACUUUUGAUGAGUUCAUGGAGAAAUUCCUGGAGGGCAAAGUGCUGUUUGGAAAGUGGACAGAGCACGUGAAGGGCUGGAUGGGCACGGAUCUGGGAGACAGAAUAAUGUACAUCACAUAUGAAGAAAUGGUUCAGGACCUCCCGGCAGCUCUCAGGCGUAUUUCCGGUUUCCUGGGCCGCAAUCUGAGUGAAGAAGUCAUUCAGAAGAUUGCAGAACAGUGCUCCUUCACGAGCAUGAAGAAGAACACCAUGUCCAACUUCAGCAUGGUGCCUAAGGUGUACAUGAACUCUGACACAUCUCCGUUCCUCAGGAAAGGUGUUGUGGGAGACUGGAAAAAACAUUUCAGCCCAGAGCAACUGGCCAGAUUCACAUCGGUCAUUCGCAAAGAGCUGGAGGGAGAGAACCUCACUUUGCCAUGGAGCCUGGAUUGAUCAUCAGCCGGAGCAGAGACAGAGGAGAAGAGCUGCAGAAACCCUCACUUUCAUUUCAUUUUAACAUUGAGCAUGUGACCCUUUAGUUAUUUUAAAACCGCUGAUGAUUGGUUUAGACAACCAUUGUUGCAGAGUUUGAUUAAAUGAAUGGAACAACAAUUGUCUUACCUGUGCAAGCAAAACUGAGAAGGUGAAGUUCCUGAUCCUCAGCCAUCCUCAGGACUCUUUGUUCUCUUUUUUGUUUGUUUUUUAUCCUUCCUAAAGAUUAAUAUGUAAUGAAAUUGUUGUGUUAUAAUGUGUCAUAGUGUUAUUUUUUGUCAAAAUUGCACUGGAGACAACAUUUUAUAUUUGAAUGAAUAAAUAAAUAUAAUGU